AUGCCGAGUCCUGCAGGGUCUGCCGUCCAACAGCCCCCUUCCUCCAAUCACUUCGACAAAGACCACAGUGCGGCAGAGUCAUGGUCCGGUGCAGACUCGGAUAACGAUCUCCCGGACACCAACGGUUCCUCAGCCCGCGCGUUGAAACGCAAGCGUCCCCUCACCGUGUCCUGUGAGCUCUGCAAGCAGAGGAAAGUCAAAUGCGAUCGCACGCAGCCGAGUUGUGGUUGGUGUACGCGCAACGGUCAGAUAUGUGAGUACAAGGAGCGGAAAAAGCCUGGCCUCCGGGCUGGGUAUGGUAAGGAAUUGGAGCAGCGUCUGAAUCGCCUGGAAGAAGUCAUCCAAGCCCAAGCUCGGCUCAUCGAGAUGCACAUCCUCCAGAGCCAGCCGGGAGUCGGUCACGAUCUACCCCAGGCUGGUCCUCUGUCCUAUAGUUCUCCAUCAGAACCGUCGGCUGUGCAUGGCCCGAGUCCCCGGACGGCCUUUUACUUCAACGACCCAACAUCUGUGACAUUGCCUUCACGCCGCCCCGAUACCACCAUGGCCAGUCCGUCGGAGGCCUCCGUCAAGACGACAGCACCAGCUCAUUUACAAAAUGGGCCUCCGGCACCUCCGUCACUAGGCCCAUUGCCGCAAGCCCAUCCCUCCAAUGGCGGUGAUUACACAGCGAAUGAAUCGUCGUUGAAAAUCCCUUUCACUCUAUCCUCAAAUCAGGAACAAUCACUAGCAGAUCCAGAUCUUGAUCUUCCGCCGUAUGAUCUGCUGUACGCCUUGGUGGACCUUUAUUUUGAGCAUAUUAAUCCUUGGUGCCCGAUUCUCCAUCGUCGAACCACUCUUGAUACCUUCUUUGGGCCGUCCCCACUGGAAGAGGCGGACCGCAUUGUUCUGUACUCGAUUGUGGCGACCACACUUCGCUUUUCGUCAGACGUUCGGCUGAACGAGCUGAACCGCAAACGAUUCCACGACUCCUCCAAACAAAAGGUUCUUCUGUAUGGACUCGAAAAUUCGUCUGUCAAAGCACUCCAGGCGCUUGUGAUUCUUGCCUUGGACCUCGUCGGUUCAUCUAAUGGUCCACCCGGCUGGAAGCUACUGGCUCUCAUUACACGAUCUGUCGUCCAAUUAGGGCUGGCCGUGGAGUCCAAGUCGACCCUCAUUGCUCCCGUCUACCCUUCAAUUUAUACUCUCAGAGCCGUCACCUUGUCCGAACCGGACUCGUGGAUCGAGGAUGAGAGUAGACGUCGGUUAUUCUGGAUGGUAUACUUGCUGGACCGAUACUCGACCCUCGCCACGGCAUUCAACUUCGCCUUGGACGACAAAGAUAUCGACCGCAAGCUGCCAUGCAAAGACGAAUUUUUUAUGAAGAAUCAUCCUGUGGAAACGCGGUGGUUCCACUACUCCGGUGACCGCGCCGACUACCUCAGUCACGCCGACAAUGUGGGCUCUUUCGGGCUCUACGUGGAGAUCCUCGGGAUCCUGUCUCGUAUUCACACAUUUCUGAAACGACCCGUCGAUAUUGGAGCUCUCUCGGAUGUGGAAGAGUGGCAGGCUACGUAUAGAAAACUCGACAACGAGUUGACAUCGUGGGAAUUCAAUCUGCCUGCGGAGUAUGCCUUUGAGAACUCAUCCCGGCUCGUCAGCGGGUCGAAGCACAGUCGCGGUCCUCACAGUGACUGGGUGCAACUCCAUACCACCUAUCAAACAGCUGUGAUCCGCCUUCACUCAUCAGCCGCCUACCCAACCACGCGGUCCCCAAUUUUCACCCCAUCCUACAGCGCCAGCCAACGCUGCCUUCUCGCCGUGGACAACAUCCUCUCCGUAACCCGCUUCGUCGUAGAUCACAACAUGCUCGACAAGCUCGGCCCCCCCUUCGCCUUCACCCUCUGGGUCUCUGCCCGCCUCCUACUUGUCCACGGCUCCACCAUAGCCCACACCGUCAGCCCAGACAUUCUCUUCUUCGUCGACGCUCUCGCCCGCAUGGGCAAAUACUGGAAAGUCGCAGAGCGCUACAGCACCAUACUACAACGCGUCCUGGACGAGUACGGCGAAUACCAGCAAUCUGCCGCGCUGAUGGAUGGUGAGCGCUCCACGCCAUCCACUGUCAAAAUCCUAGCCGACAUGCGCCGCUGCGCAUUCGAUCUUGAUUUCCUCAUUUCGCGCCAGCCCCGCGAGUCCCCGGCUGCCGCAGGCAGCCGCGGCGGCGGCGGACACUACCCCGGCUCCGUGGGUCCCGUCGUGCCGGCGCGUAACCUCGCGCCAAACGAACUCGAGUAUCUCGACGUCUUUGGUUUCUUCAAUGUCCCUCGCCUCGAUAUGGGCGAGCCUGUGCCCGACCCCAUGUCCAUCCAUGGCCUCACUGGCGCCGGGCAACCGGCGUCUGUUGUUGAUGGCGGCCAUACGGUGAAUGCGAACGAGUUCAACAUCACGAAUUAUCUGAUUCCGACACCUGAAACGGAUUGGCUGUUCCGGCCGGGUGGAUGA